AUGUUUACGUAUUUCCUUGCAAUGCUCCCCUUACUGUCUUUACUGUUCGCGAUUGGAUCGGCGGCAGCACAGAAUGGCAUCUACCAUUUGGAUUCAUCAUUCUCCGGGUCUUCAUUUUUCGAUGGUUUCAAUUUCGAAGCAAUAGAAGAUCCAACUCAUGGAUUUGUCACUUACGUCAACUCAGCCCAGGCAACCGCGUUGAACCUCACCUAUACUUCACCAAAUGGCCCAGCGUAUAUGGGAGUUGAUCAUACCUCGGUCCUCAGUAGCUCUGGGCCUGGAAGAAAAAGUGUGCGGAUCAGCUCGAAAAAGUCAUGGACCCAUGGUCUAUUCAUUGCAGAUAUUGCCCACAUGCCCGGUGGAAUUUGCGGCACUUGGCCUGCUUUUUGGACCCUUGGACCGAAUUGGCCAAACGCGGGCGAGAUCGAUAUCAUAGAAGGGGUCAACAGCGUGGCUAGUAAUACCAUGUCAUUGCACACCUCGGCAGGCUGCACAAUACCCGGUACCUCUCAACUCGGAUCCUCCAUAGGCACCGACUGCGAUGGGAAUAGCAAUGAUAACGCUGGGUGCGGUAGCACUGCCGCCGGCUCUAAUACAUAUGGCGCAGGUUUCAACGCUAAUGGUGGGGGUGUCUACGCCAUGGAAUGGACUUCGAGCCACAUCCGUGUCUGGUUCUUUCGGCGAAACAAUAUCCCCUCAGAUAUUGUGAAUGGGAGACCGGAUCCAAGUGACUGGGGGAUGCCACAGGCUAAUUUUCAGGGAGAUUGUAAAAUUGACCGCCAUUUCAAAGAUCAUUCCAUAAUUUUCGAUACUACUUUCUGCGGUGAUUGGGCAGGAAACACAUGGAAUGCCGAUGAUACGUGCAGCGAUCAAGCAUCGACCUGUUCUGGCUACGUAGCUGCUAAUCCGAGAGCCUUCCGCGAUGCGUAUUGGAGUAUUAAUUCUGUUGAAGUGUAUAAACUUGGGCCCUCUAUUCAUUCGGGCCCCAUACCUGUCGAAUCAGGCGAUACCACUGUUUCGUCGAAUAAGAUAGCGGUUCCAACGGCCUCGAAGGACCUAUUCCCGGACCUCGAUGCCACACGUCCGGCGUUUUAUGAAUCCGAACCUUUCUUAUCUUUACCAUCAACGAUAUUGCGAGGCUCGUCGACAAAGGUUCCAUUCCUAUCUAACCCAACGCCCCCUUCAAGAAUUCAAACCUCGCUCGCCAAACAACUACAUUAUGCUCUGCCUACGACCCGCGUAUCAACGAAAGCGACGGCCCCUUCACCAAACCCCGUCGCAAUACGACCCCCAAGCACAGCCAUUUCGCAAAAUCUAAAUUCCGCAGACGUCGAAAUAUCUACCUAUUCUAACCCCGACCACCUCGAAUCAUUCACACACGUAGGCUGUCGUUCCUCAACCGUCAACUUCAACUCCUUCACCCUAGUCUUUGAAAGCGACACCCUGACCCUGGGGAUGUGUCUCGUUGCGUGUAGUGGCCACACCUACGCCGGAAUCCACAGAAACCACUGCUUCUGCAGCAUUUCCAUACAGGAUACAACUACCUUCCACAGCUCAUCUUGCAAUUACCCUUGUCCUGGAGACCCCAGCCAGAUUUGCGGUGGUGGGGAGAAGUACACGACAGAAGGCAUUGCAGGAAGGGAUGAGGAUGGUAUGCUAUUUACGCUUUAUAAGAAUGCCGAUUUCGCUCCAGGGAAGAAGCAUCUUAAUGAAGCGGGAGAGUCACCGAGUGAUGAGGGCAUGCCUCCCCCCGUCCCUCGCCCGGCAGCUUCUAUUCCUGGCAAUGGUUUUGCGCAAGACACCACUGCCUGCUAA